GACGGCCGCGGUGACGUGCUGUGGUGGCGGCGGGUGGACGGCGGCGCGUGAGGCGCGUGAUAUCCCGCGUCUUGGGAGCAGUGUCCCGGCCCCCAGCCACUCCCCGCCGCCGCCAUGUCUGGCCGUUCGGUCCGGGCCGAGACCCGUAGCAGGGCCAAAGAUGACAUCAAGAAGGUGAUGGCGGCCAUCGAGAAAGUGCGGAAAUGGGAGAAGAAGUGGGUGACUGUGGGGGACACAUCGCUGAGGAUAUUCAAGUGGGUGCCUGUGACAGAUAGCAAGGAGAAAGAAAAGUCAAAAUCAAACAGCUCAGCUGCCCGGGAACCCAAUGGCUUUCCCUCUGAUGCCUCAGCCAACUCCUCCCUCCUUCUUGAAUUCCAGGAUGAGAACAGCAACCAGAGUUCCGUGUCAGAUGUCUAUCAACUCAAGGUGGACAGCAGCACCAACUCCAGCCCCAGCCCUCAGCAGAGCGAGUCCCUGAGCCCAACACACACGGCAGACUUCCGUACUGAUGACUCCCAGCCACCCACCCUGGGCCAGGAGAUGUUGGAGGAGCCAUCACUGCCUGCUUCUGAAGUUGCAGAUGAGCCUCCCACACUCACAAAGGAAGAACCGGUUCCACUAGAGACACAGACCACUGAGGAAGAGGAGGACUCAGGUGCCCCGCCCUUGAAGCGAUUCUGUGUGGACCAAGCUGCAGUGCCCCAGACCACGUCGGAAAGCUAGCACCGUCCGGCCCCUCGCCUCCUGGCCCCUGCCUCUAUUUAUUGCAUUCUGGUCUGGCCGAGCUCUGAUGCUGGGGUCCGGGCAAGCACUAGGGUCCAGAGCCUGUGCAUGGGAGCCCUCUGGGCUAGAAGGCUGACGGAGGGCGUGGGGUCGUCGCAUCAUCUUCCUGAUCCUGACACUUGUGUCUGCUUGCUCUUGGAGCAGAGGAGCACUCACAUCCUUUCUGCACCCCAUGUAGGCCAGAGCCUCAGGGUUCAUCUGUCACCUGCAGAACCACCGCAAGGAGCUGCUGGCGCCGCCCGCCAGGAGUAGAAAGGUGUGGAAGGCACCCUAGAGAAGAGUGCCUAGGAUUACUUGAAUUUGAAUGGAGACUGUAGAUUACAGACUUUGCCUCAGGGCCCGGCCCUGCAGGCUGCUGCUGGAAGAAGGACUGACUGGUGGAGACUUGGAGAACAGUGGGGGAGGCGCUCCCAGAGGG